AUGCCCCGAGCUGUUUGGGAUGACCUCGUGAUCCUGACACCGAUGGACCUGUAUCGGCUUAGCGCCGACAAGUCCAUUCUGGAGCAGCAGUUCCGGAGCAUGGAGACAUGCCUAUACACGGGUGUUGAUAGAGACGAGGACGGGCUGUGGAACCCCGAUCGCUGGCAGCUGGCCGACUGGCUCGACCCUGCCGCCCCGCCAGAAGACCCUGGCUGUGGAAGAACAGACGGCGUCUUAGUCGCGGACGCGUGCCUUGUGCGGGUGACGGACGGCUUUAGAGCUGUGUGCCUGGCGCUGGGGAAGGACUCAGCUGCCUGGAAGGUCAAGAAGGAAGCCGCAAGCCUCAAGACGGAGUUUCAGAAAAAGUACAUCGCCCCCAAGGGAAACCUCAUGUCCAACUCACAGACCGGAUCGGCACUGGCCAUCCAGAACGGCCUGUAUGAGGCGAAGGACCAGUUGGCCGUGGCCUCGGCCGCUCCGGAAAAGCUGGUUCGCUCCGCGAGGUUCCACAUCUCGACUGGCUUUGCCGGCACUCCCAUCAUCACUCAUGCUCUGACGAGUGUGCGCACACCACAGCUCACGUAUCGAAUGCUGCUCGAAGGGACGUGUACAAGCUGGAUGUACCCAGUGCCGAUGGGUGCCACCACCAUCUGGGAGCGCUGGAACAGCAUGCUCGAGGAUGGAACCAUCAAUCCAGGGCAGAUGACGAGCUUCAGCCACUACGCCCUGGGGUGCCGUGGCGGACUGGCUGCAUAG